AUGGCGGCGGAGCCGAGCAAGACCGAAAUCCAGACUCUUUUUAAGAGGCUUCGCGCGAUUCCAACCAACAAGGCCUGCUUCGACUGCGGCGCCAAGAACCCGAGUUGGGCCAGCAUCACGUAUGGUGUUUUCUUGUGCAUUGACUGCUCCGGGGUUCACCGCUCCCUGGGAGUCCAUCUCAGCUUCAUCAGGUCUACAGAGUUGGAUUCCAACUGGAACUGGUUCCAGCUGAGGUGUAUGCAGGUCGGCGGGAAUGCCAAUGCGACAGCUUUCUUCCGCCAACAUGGAUGCACGGCCAAUGAUGCCAACACCAAAUAUAAUAGCCGAGCUGCCCAAAUGUACCGGGAGAAGAUCCGGCAGCUGGGGAGUGCAGCCCUGGCUAGGCAUGGCACUGAUCCUCCUGCCUGGGAUGCACAAGCCACUGAGCCUUCAGAGACUCAGCCAGCCUUGCCUGCAGAGAGCAGUGGCCUGGCACAGCCGGAGAAUGGCCCCAACACAGACCUCUUGGCCACCUCACCCAAAGCCUCUCUGGAACUGAAAACAUCCAUCAUUGGCAAGAAGAAGCCAGCAGCAGCUAAGAAAGGGCUUGGUGCCAAGAAGGGCCUCGGAGCUCAAAAGGUGAGCAGCCAGAGCUUCAGUGAGAUUGAGCGGCAGGCCCAGGUGGCAGAGAAGCUCCGUGAGCAGCAGGCAGCUGAUGCCAAGAAGCAGGCUGAGGAGUCCAUGGUCGCCUCCAUGCGUCUCGCCUACCAGGAACUCCAGAUUGAUCGUAAGAAGGAGGAGAAGAAGCUACAGAAUCUGGAAGGGAAGAAGCGAGAGCAGGCAGAGAGGCUGGGCAUGGGCUUGGUGUCCCGAAGCUCUGUCUCGCACUCAGUGCUGUCCGAGAUGCAGGUGAUUGAGCAGGAAACCCCCUUGAGUGCCAGAUCCUCCCGCUCGCAACUAGACUUGUUUGAUGAUGCUGGUACUUUCGCUUCUGGACCUCCAAAGUAUAAGGACAACCCUUUUUCCUUGGGGGAGAGUUUUGGUUCCCGCUGGGACACAGAUGCCACCUGGGGAAUGGACAGGGUGGAGGAGAAGGAGCCAGAAGUGACUAUCUCAAGCAUCCGGCCUAUUUCAGAAAGAGCCACAAACCGGAGGGAAGUAGAGAACCGGAGCUCAGGCCUCGAGUCCAGUGAAGCACGUCAGAAAUUUGCCGGAGCCAAAGCCAUUUCAUCUGACAUGUUCUUUGGGCGGGAGAUGGAUUCUGAGUAUGAAGCCAGGUCACGUCUCCAGCAGCUCUCAGGCAGCAGUGCCAUCAGCUCUUCAGACCUCUUUGGGGAGGUGGAUGGAGCUCAUGGAGCAGGUAGUGUAUCUCUGGGGAACGUGCUCCCUACAGCUGACAUUGCCCAGUUUAAGCAGGGUGUCAAGUCUGUGGCUGGGAAGAUGGCUGUGCUGGCCAAUGGUGUGAUGAAUUCUUUGCAGGAGCGCUACAGUUCCUACUGAUGUAAGCGCCAUGGCUCAGGCAUAUGGUGGUGACAGCAAGAACCCUGUGAUUCCCAGGCCAGGGAGGCUUGCCUUUUGGAAGCUGGGAGGAUUUGCUAUUU